GUUGGACAGCAUCUAGGAGUCCAAGUACCUUUGGCACAAUGUUUGAUGUGACGUUGCGAUGCGCUUGGGUUUUUAUUAGGGUUGUUGAAAGUCAAAUCGUUGCGCCACCCCCAGUGCUCCGCCAUGUCCCGAGGGCUUCGGCCGUCGUCCCGGAGAGCUGGUGACCAGCCCCGCGCGCCCGAGACUUGGGGCGACAAGACGCGUUCGUAGCAGAUGCGUCCAACACUGCAACGCCAAGGACGUCAAGGUCGGAAGAUGCGGCGUCAUGGUUUUCUCUCGACUGCCGGAAGGGUCACAGCGCAGAGCUCUCGCCGGGUGCCCACGCCUAUCCCUACCGACAAGGGAAGACCACAUGUCCAAGAAAGCCGACACUGUGGCGCUGGCCAUGACAUUUGAUACGAAGAUUCAUGAAACACAAUUGGAUGUGCUGUCGCGGUUCAGACAUCUUGUCUGCCGUCUGAGACAGCGUUACUUACGUGCUUAAAUACCGUUCAAUGUCGACCGGCGGAACCGAAGUCACACCCCAGCCGUCGGGCGGUGCAUGCCAUUUAUUUUCAUCCUGACACUUUGCAAGAACCACGACCACGAAAAAAACUGACAUGAAUCUGGUGUCAAUUUUGGCUCUGGUCAGUCUUGGGGUGGCCACUGCUCACGCAUCGGUUGCCUCACGGGACGACCACGACGCCGACAAGCAAGAGUUUCAUUCCCUCGUCAAGGAGAUACAGGAAGAAGUUCUACGAUUCCUCGACGACCGAGAGGCCGCAUUCCAUACUAGAGGGGCGCAUGCUCGGUGUACAUCCAAGAACGUCGUUUUCCGCCGCGAGUAAGAGGCUGGACUAUGUCAAUGCCGUCAAAUGUCUCCAAAAAUUGCCCGCCCGAACUCCGAAAAGUGUGGCAGCCGGAGCAAAGUCCCGAUUCGACGACUUCGUUGUCACGCACCUUCUACAGACAAGGACCAUUCACUAUAAUGGCUAUUUUCAGCCAUGGCAUCGUUGGUUCAUCUAUGAAUACGAGCGCGCUUUGCGUAAAGAAUGUGGCUAUAAAGGUUAUCAACCGUACUGGGACUGGCCAAAAUAUUCCUCGGCGCCGCAAGACAGCCCCAUCUUCAAUGGAGACCCAUAUAGUUUAGGGGGUAACGGGGAGUUUAUCGCAAAUCUUACCCGGCCCUCUAGGGCGUCUACUGACCUUCCUCUUCCCGGAAAAGGUGCACGCCCCCGUGGAGUGGGGGGAGGUUUUGUUACGACUGGACCGUUUGCGAACAUAACAAUCAAUGUUGGCCCGGGAGACAACGUAGCAUAUAACCCCCGGCGGAUAAAGAGAGACGUUGGCCCUGGUCUGAAUACUCGUUACGCCAACUAUACUACUGUUUUGAAUUUAUUGCAGAAACCGAACGUUGAUGAGUUCCGAUCGCUUUCAGAGGGAGUCUUAUACACUGAUGAGCUCGGGCCCCAUGUCAGCGGCCACGGUACCAUUACAGGAGCCUCCGGAGGCGUUGAUUUCUUUAACUCUCCCGGAGACCCUGCGUUCUAUACCCACCAUGGAAUGAUGGAUCGCAUGUGGACGCUGUGGCAAGCAAUGGAUCCCGAGACUCGGCGAGAUCAACUAGGUCAGGGACUAUAUAGCCACGUUACAUGGGCAAACAUACCACCUUCGAGGGUGGUAAGCCUGACUGACGUUCUCAGCCUGGGAUUCGCCGGUAGGAGCACACAGAUUGCGGACGUCAUGGACACACUAUCGGGACCGUUGUGCUACUUUUACCUGUAGUCAUGGAACAUGUCCCCGGCAUUAGUGCAACAUGAAACACACGAUGAGUUUCGACCCCCACGCAUCGGUUUAUAGGAGGCCGAUGUGCGAGGGAACGAGGAGCAGAGAAAGUCGAGAGUACAAGUCGAGGAGGGAGGAUGAGGUCGGGC